AUGUAUACAAGACUCCAGAACCUGAGACAAGGAAACCGUAGUGUUGACGAGUAUGCAGAGGAAUUUUCACUCCUCUUAACGAGGAAUGAGAUUAACGAUAGUCAAGUCCAACUUGUCUCUCGUUUCAUUGGAGGCCUACGACCACAAAUCCAAACAGCGAUGGCACAAUUUGAUCCAUCGACAAUAGGAGAAGCACAUAGGCGAGCCGCAUCAUUCGAACAACAAUCACGAUCAUCCAAUUGGGCUGCACAAUCCAAUCGCAAUAAGGAGCAGUCGGGAAGCAAUGCGCCAUCAACAGCAACGAAAGACGCUGGCGACACCGUAAACCCCUCGACAAAACCCGGCACUAAAGAGGAACAGACCCUCCGACGAUCAACAAGACCUAACGCCCUCCGUUGUUAUUCUUGUGGAGAACAAGGGCACAGACAAACGGCCUGCCCCCACGCGACGCGCCGAGGUCUUAUAGCAAAGGAUAUAGAGGAGCACGAUGUGUAUGAUUCACAGGAGGAAGAAGAAGCGGACGGUGAUGAUGAAAUCCUUCCAAACCACGAGAGACAUGGGUCACAUGCUAGUCCUAAGACGAUCAUGCAUCACUCCUCGCAGAAACGAUGA